CGACAGUUCUCCUCCGCUGCCGUUCCGUUCUCGUCACUUCUCUGGCCUCUUUUGGCAAUAAUCACCUGCUGCUGCUUACCUUCCCUCCCUCGCCUCUCUUCCUCCGCGAGCCACCGUCACCGUGGGUGGGGUCCUCCUCCUCCUCCUCCAUCCACCCUGUCACUGUCUCUGCUCAACCAAACCGGCGAACCGCUCCUCCCCUCCCCUCCCCAGAUCCACCUCGUCCUACCGGAACCAUCUGGGCGUCUGGAUUCUGGACUAGGGGGAGGAACGCGACCAGCAGCCGCAGGGUGAGGCGGCGGCGGCUUCUGGGCGCGCGGGGGAGAUGGAGAGCCUGGCGCAGCGCGCGGCGCUGCUACGGGAGUCGCUGCAGAAGAGCCAGCAGGUCACGCACGCCGUCGUCUCAAUCCUCGGCUCCUUCGACAGCAGACUCUCCGCGCUCGACUCCGCCAUGCGCCCUAUCCAGGUGAGGACGCACGCCGUGCGGACGGCGCACGAGAACAUCGACCGGACGCUGCGCUCCGCCGAUGUGAUCCUCACUCAGUUCGAUCGAACUCGAGAGGCAGAGCGUGAAAUACAGAAGGGGCCGAAUGAGAAUCUGCAAGGUUUUCUUGAUGCAGUUGAUCGGUUGAGAAGUAUUGAGCGUUUCUUUAGCUCGAAUAGGAGUUACCGCAGUAGUGAUGGGGUGCUCAACCAUGUGAAUGCCCUCCUUUCUAAGGCCCUUGUGAAGAUGGAGGGUGAAUUCCAGAAUCAAUUGUCUCAGCUCAGCAAACCUAUGGAGCCUGAUCGUCUAUUCGAUUGUCUUCCAAGCACGCUUCGACCAUCAUCUGAAUCUCAGCCCGAAGGUGGAAAAAAUGUGUCAGCUGGUUCACAGUCUGAAAAUCUGGAAAACUCAGAGGCUGCUGUGUACAGUCCUCCUGCUCUUAUUGAGCCAAAGUUUGUUCCAUUACUCGCUAAACUAGCACAACAGUUGGUUCAAGCUGGAUGCCAACAGCAAUGUUCAGAAAUAUACAGCGAAGCUCGUGCUUCAGCUUUAGAAUCAAGUUUGAAGAACUUGGGUGUUGAAAAACUGAGCAAAGAUGAAGUGCAGAAAAUGCCUUGGGAAAUUUUAGAGUCUAAAAUAGGGAAUUGGAUUCAUUUCAUGCGAAUUGCUGUCAAACUUCUUUUUGCUGGGGAGCGUCAGCUCUGCGAUCAAGUUUUUGAAUGCAGUCAAUCAUUGAGGGACAAGUGCUUUGCUUCAAUAACAAAGAACAGUUUGGCUACACUACUCAGUUUUGGAGAGGCAAUUGCUAUGAGUAAACGAUCACCAGAGAAACUGUUUGUUCUGCUAGACAUGUACGAGAUUAUGUGUGAACUUCAAACAGAGAUUGACACCAUCUUUGUUGGAGAAUCAUGUUCUAAAAUGUGCGACUCUGCUAUGAGUUUGACGAAAUGCUUAGCGCAAACGGCGCAGAAGACUUUCAGUGAUUUUGAAGAAGCUGUUGAAAAGGAUGCAACAAAGAAUAUUCAUACUGAUGGAACAGUGCAUCCUUUAACAAGCUAUGUGAUCAACUAUGUUAAGUUUUUAUUCGACUACCAGUCAACUCUAAAACAGCUUUUCCAGGAGUUCAAAAGGGAAGAUGGAACAGGUUCUGAGCUGGCAGCUGUGACCAUGAAAAUCAUGCAAGCUUUACAAAAUAAUUUGGAUGCAAAAGCAAAGCAAUACAAGGAUCCUGCUUUGAUGCACAUAUUUUUUAUGAACAACAUUCACUAUAUUGUCAAAUCUGUCCGCAGAUCGGAAGCCAAGGAUUUGUUGGGUGAUGACUGGAUUCAAAGGCAUCGAAGGAUUGUACAGCAAAAUGCAAAUCAAUAUAGAAGGAUUGCAUGGACGAAGGUGUUGCAAUGCCUCUCUGGUCAAGGCUUGACUUCAUCAGGAGGUAGUGGUCAAGUAGGAAGUGAUGGUGGCAAUAGCAGUGGAGCUUCAAGAUCUGCUGUCAAGGAGAGAUUCAGGUCUUUCAAUAUGUUAUUUGAAGAGAUCUAUCAAAAGCAAUGUGGCUGGUCGGUUCCAGAUACUGAGUUGCGCGAGUCACUAAGACUUGCGGUUGCUGAAAUUCUGUUGCCUGCAUACAGAUCUUUCAUAAAACGUUUUGGGCCUCUCAUUGAUAAUAGCAAAGCGCCUGGCAAAUACGUGAAGCACACACCUGAGCAACUCGAGCUGCUACUUGGCAAUUUGUUUGAGGGGAAACAAGAACGUGCUUGAAGGGGCCUCUCGCUGCCUAUCGUACCUCAACAAGGAUGUGAUGUUAGCAUUGCACUGUCCAUGGGAGUUCAAACAGCUGCUGUGUGCACCAUGCAUGAUUUGUACAGAAUGGGCGUCAUUUAUGUUUUUUCUAUUGAUCUGGUAGAAGGUAGGCAAAACAUUCAACAUGUUGAAGUUGUUAGCAGUGUGCAAGGAUCCAACGGCAAUGCUUAUGCGUUUAGUUGGGCAUGUUGCUCCGUGUAGGCAUUUCGAUCCUGGCUGUUUUGUUAUGAUUUGUUUACAAAGAGGGGAAGGAUAUCAAGGGAGAGGAUGUAUGAAAGUGCCAUCCGAAUGCGCUUAGCAGCGGGUGGAACCUUGACGAAUUUCUGCAAAGAUUUCUUGUGCAAUUGCAUGGAUGGCUUUUGCGCGGUCCGAUGGACUGACGAAGAAGUCCACGACCGCUGUUGAUUCACUCAUCCAUCCAUCGAAAGAGUAGGAAGGCGACCCCAUUGUAAUA